GCGGAGAGGGUGGCGACCCGGACGCUGCGAUGCGCAGAGCGGCGAUGAGCGGCGUGGGGACGAGCCUGCACACUGUGGUCAUGCGCGGCGCCUCGAUGGGUUUCCGGCGUCCUCCCUUCUCCCCUGUUUUUGUUUUUCUGUUUCCAAAUCACAUCUGCCUGCCUGCCUUCUUGAAGCCUUGCCAGAGGCGGGAAAUCUCUUCUUGGCUGGCCCGAUGGUUCCCCAAAGACCCAGCCAAACCCGUGGUGGCCCAGAAAACGCCCAUCAAGUUGGAGCUUGUUGCCGGGAAAACCUACAGAUGGUGUGUGUGUGGCCGAAGCAAGAAGCAACCCUUCUGUGAUGGCUCCCACUUCUUCCAGCGCACUGGCCUCUCCCCACUCAAGUUCAAGGCCCAAGAGAGCCGCACGGUGUCUCUCUGUACCUGCAAGGCCACCCAGCGUCCUCCUUACUGUGACGGCACCCACAAGAGCGAGCAGGUUCAGAAAGCAGAAGUGGGCUCCCCACUGUGAGGGGUACAGUGGCUCCCGGCCUUCUGCAGGCUUCCCCUCUAUGAAGGCAGCAGUGCUGAAGGGGACAUCCAAGGACCAAGACUGCUUGUUAGCAACUGUUCCUGAAAAACCUGUCACCUGUUGUGCAGGAGAGCAGGCCCCUGGUUCAAUACCUGGUAAAGCUGUCAUUAAACAAUGGAGCCCA